AUGACCGAACCAGAGGCGGAGCUUCAGGCCACUGCCAACCUCUCUCCUGUGUCACCCUCGCCCCUCCACACAGCUGCUCCUCGCGUGGUGCCGGCGCUGCAGGACACGGUCGAUACUAUCGACGCCAUGGUCGCUGCCGCUGCCAACGUGGCCUCGUCAAACGGCGUCGUCGACGACGCCAUCCUCGACCCGGCCAUGAUGGGUGACGCUGCCUCUGCCAAUGGCAACGACCAUGUUGUAGAUGACGACAGCCUCGACGGUGCGUACGACGACCAAGACGCCCCCGACGCUCCCACCGAGCCUGCUCCCCAGCCUCAGCUAGAGCCGCCCGAUAGCAACGACGAUUAUGCAAAGACAUUCGACUCGCCCAUUGAUCCAGAAGAAGGGGGUGAGCAGGGCUUUCAGCAGCAGCACCAUGUAUCGUCGUCCUCAAUGCCACCGAAAUCCACCGAUAUCUCGCUGCAAUCCGAUCACUUGAAUACAAAUCGCGCUUCAGCCGCUGCUCCUGACAUUGCCGCCCAUGACGCGUCUACCGCUCAACCGGCCGCUCCCGCCGCCACCCCAUCCGGACCGCAACUAGAGCCUACCGGUCCGUCGACGGAGCCAUCGCAGCCGCCCGCCGGGCUCCAGCAGCAGACCGGCUCCCCUUCCUCCGUGGCCCAGCCCGAGCCUAUUGCCCGCCAAGACUCCGCCGAUGCCGAGUCGCAGAAUUCGUCGGUUGACAUCCAGAAGCUCGUGGCCGAUCUGACUGCCCAGCCCACCGAGCCCAGCCCCGAUCCUGAGCCGUCUUUGUCUGUUGCUGCAAAGGCCGAGCAACCCGCCGUUGCUGUCUCCCUGUCUUCUCCCACUUCGCUGCCCUCAUCCUCUUCCCUGCCACCGCGGCCUCCCCUGCCGCAGUCGGGCUCCCAAUCCUUUGUCGCGAGUGGCGCGCCCGGAACCUCCGCGGAGGCCGUCGGCAGCAUCCCGCUCCCCCCGGCCGCAGGCCUGAAUGCGCUCCCCGUCACAGCAUCCAUGAAUGCCCCACCCCAGACAUCCCAGGCCGCGCCCGGGUACUCCCAGGACGGAGAGCCAGACGCAAGCUACCAGCGCCAGUGGGACCAGUUUAUGACUGACGAACGCCAGUACAUGUCGGAUGCGAAAUGGGACCGCUUCCCUGAAGGGUCGCGUAUUUUUAUUGGAAACCUUUCGAGCGACAAAGUUUCGAAGCGGGAUGUCUUUGAUGUUUUCCACAAGUAUGGAAGACUGGCGCAAAUAUCCCUCAAGUCGGCCUAUGGUUUUGUGCAGUAUCACACUGUCGACGAGGGCCGACAGGCCAUGGAAAACCUGCAGGGUAUCGAAAUCAAGGGCCGCCGCAUCCACCUCGAGAUAUCUCGAGUACAAGACAAGUCCAAAAAGGACCGUGCCCGCAGCCCAGAGAGAGGUCGGGGCCGGGAUGGCGGUGGCGGUGGCCGCAGGAAUGAGAAGCAUCACCAAGGCCGCGACGAUUACAGACCAGGGCGCAAUCAGUCGCCACGACGUCAUGAUUCUGGUCGAGGAGGGCGCGGGCGCUCGCGUUCUCCCGAGUAUGGCCGCAAGGACCGGGAGUCGUAUCGACGGCGCAGCCCUAGCCCAUAUGGACGAUCUCGAAAUGAGCCGGAACUUGACCUUCCUCGAAGGUAUGGCGCCGAUGUGCCGGAUGUGCAGAUCAUCCUGCAGCCAGAGGUCAAUCGCGACUUUGUCACCUGGGUCGAGGCCGCGUUCAAGGCAAAGGGCCUCAAGACGGAGGUUAUGUACCUGCACCCGCGGUUUCCCAAGGACCAGGUCAUUCAGCGACAGGCUGCCGAAGGUGUUUACGGCGUCAUCGACUUGGAUUUGCGUGCACAGAGCGUUGGCCGGAUACCCGUGCAGGCGUUCGAUCGCUCUGGUGGAGGCAGCAAUGUCCGCUUCGACCAGUAUGUGGACUUAGAUCCCGGCACGGCGGCCGAGGUGAUUGUGCGAUCCAAGGCAACGGCCGCCGCAAACUAUGGACAAGGAUACGCGGCAGCGGCGGGUGGCUACUCCAAUCCCUACUCAGGGCAGCAUCAGCAGCCCCCUCAUGGCGCCAGCUAUCCCGGCUCAUAUCCUCCACCACAGCAGCAGCAGCAGCAGCAGCAGCAGCAGCAGCACGCACCCCCUGCUGCCGCAGACAUCGCGAGUCUCAUGGGACAGGUUGAUAAUGCCACCCUGCAGCGGCUCCUCGCAUCUAUGCAAGGGCCAACUCAGGCGCCAGGAGGGAUGCCCGCCGCACAUGGCGGGUACGGCGUCAAUCCCCCCACCCCGGCGACAGCCAACCCGCAGGUGGAUAUCCAGGCCAUCCUGGGUAGCCUCGGGGGGGCAACCCCUGCGCAGCAGCACGCUCACCACCAGGGGCAGUACGGGUCGGCGUACAGCGCCCAGCCUCCCGCCGCUCCCAACGGAGGUGCAAACGCGGCUCCGGCGGGGGGCGACGCAGCAGCUCAGGUGCAGAACAUCAUGGCCCAGCUUGCGCGGUACAGGCAAUGA